AUGAAUUCCCGCACUCUUGACAUCGAGAAUGAUGCUUCCGUUGACGGGUUUGAGCUAGGUUCGUACGACCUGGUGAUUGCUGGCAGCGUCCUCCACGCUACACAUAUAAUCAGUCAUACGAUGAAGAGUGUUCAAAGUUGCUUAAACCUGGGGGCAGAUAUCGUGCGAUCAAGUUUCAUCGGCGGAUUGAUGGAGGGAUGGUGGUCCGGUUCAGACGACGACCGCAUCUGGAAUCCAGCGGUCACUGAGGAUCAAUGGGAUGCGAUUCUUCAUGAGAUUGGCUUUUCCGGUAUUGGUCUUUCUCUGCAUGACUAUGAAAACCCGGAUUGCUGGGAGUGCUCAGUUAUUCUCAGCACAGCCGUAGGUCUUCCGUCUUGUAGUAACCAGGGAGCUAGGGAAGAACAAACUGUCUGCUUUAUAGGCGAUCCCACUUCUUCUUUCCAGAGAAAUAUCUUUGAGCGAGGAAAGAUCGCGCUUGCCUCGCAUCUGUCUGCGGCUGUAAUCAUUGAGAUGCGCCGUCUAGAAGACUGUGUCCCGGCCAAGACCUCGACAGUGGUGUUUACCACCGAGACAGAGGCGCCAUUCCUGUUCAAUCUCAGCGCCAAGGACACCGGAGUUCUCGGUUGUCGACGGAUGGACAAGAACACUUCGAAACGAGAAAUCCACUCGACGCGUAAGAACGCUCGCACUAGACUUGAAUUGCGGAGAAGCAGUCAGCAGUCAACAAGUGUCACAUCUUGUCAAGGUCCUUAUGGGCCUCCGCAGCCUAGCAUCAGGUCGCUCGAAGAAGCAGGCCCAGUCCGACUAGCCAUUGAGCACCAUGGACUGCUCGACACGCUGCACUGGACAGAAGAGAAGCAAUACAGCCCGCAGGACCAGAUGCAACCGGACGAAGUCGAAGUGCAGGUGCAAGCAGUCGGCAUGAACUUCAAAGACAGUCUCAUUGCUUUGGGCCGGAUGCCCGGGGAGACAUUCGGGCAGGAGUUUGCCGGAAUCGUGACUCGCGCGGGCAACAACGCGCCUUUCCGGGCUGGAGACCGUGUGGCAGGCGGUUCGACCGAGUCCUUCAAGACAUUGGUCCGCACCACGGCCAAUCUCCCCUGUCGCAUUCCAGACAACAUGACAUUCGCCGAAGCCGCCAGCGUACCCACGCAGUUUUGCACAGCGUGGCAAGUUAUUCAUGAGAUUGCUCGUCUAAAAAAAGGUGAGAGUAUCCUCAUUCGCGCGGCUGCAGGCGGCACUGGGCAGGCAUCGUUACAGAUUGCACAGUCUGUUGGCGCUGAGAUAUAUGCCACUGUCGGAUCAAAAUCCAAGAAAGACAUUCUGAUGACGGAAUAUGGCAUCCCCGCGGACCACAUCUUCUACAGCCGCCAUGUCUCAUUCUCUAGGGGCAUCAUGCGGGCAACCAAAGGACGUGGCGUGGAUGUCAUUAUCAACAGUCUAUCGGGCGACCUUCUCCGGGCCUCGUGGGAGUGCAUUGGGGCCGGAGGCUGGUUCGUCGAGAUCGGGAAGAGAGACAUCCUGUCGAAUAGUAACCUGCCCAUGGCUCCGUUUGGCAAUAAUGCUACGUUCACGCAUUUCUACGGCUCGAACAUGCUUGGGUCCGACGACUGGAAGAUGUGCACAGAGGCACUGUUCGGGCUAUUUGUCUCUAGCCAGCUCCAUAUCCAACGUCCCUUGCAAGUUCUCAGCAUCAGCGACGCCGAAGAUUCCUUCCGCAUGAUGCAGAGCGGCCGCGCAGCCGGCAAGAUUGUGCUUCAGGUAGAGCCACAUGCGCCGGUGCGCACAAUAUUGCAGCCCAAGCAACGCCUCUGCACCCUGGAUGCACAUGCCACAUAUGUGGUUGUCGGCGGACUCGGCGGCCUGGGACGGACAAUCCUUCGAUGGAUGGUAUCCCGCGGUGCACGGAAUAUGGUUCUACUAGGGCGAUCAGGCGCAACGUCUACAAAAGCAUUAGAGCUCCUAGCUAAACUAAGAGCCCAACAUCCCGAUAUCCGUAUCGAAACACCACGUUGUAAUGUGGUCGACAUGGGCACCCUUCAGCAUGUCUUGCAGAAUGUGACUCGUUUCAUGCCACCAAUCCGCGGUUGUGUUCAGGCCGCCAUGGUUCUGCGCGAUAUCAUGUCCAGCGACAUGCCGUACGAGGACUGGCACACGUCGCUAGACUACAAACUUCGAGGCUCUCGCAACCUCGCUCAGAAUCUACCGGCAGAGUCGUUGCAAGAGCGCGCGAUUGUCUUCCAAGCGCUGGUCGAGAAACUGACACGGGCAUGUAAUUUGAGACCCGAGAGGGUAGACACGUAUAGACAUGUGCCCAUCAGAAACUUGGCGUGGAUUCGCUUCUCGCGAUCGAGGUGUGCAACUGGAUUGGGAAGGAGUUCAGUGCAGAUGUCACCGUAUUUGAGCUCAUGGGCGGCGAGACGCUGUUAA